ACCACCACACCAGCCAGUGCUGGCUCCGUGUAAGUCGGUCUAUAAAAAAAAGUUAAACACAGAUAACCUUUUUCCAAAAUUAAUAUUUUAUUGUGGCAACAUCGAAAAGACUCCAUCUUUUUUGUCACGAUGCCUCCCAAGAAGCAGCCCGAAAAAUCCGGAGCGGCUAAGCCCGCCGCUGAGAAGAAGCCAGCUACCGCUAAGACGCCUGCUGCGGCCCCCAAGGCUGCGUCAGCGCCUGCGGCUGCCAAGCCAGCUUCGUCGAAGACCCCGGCUCCUGCCCCCAAGGCAGCUGCUGCGGCACCCAAGGCUGCGCCCGCCGCCAAGGCCGCUCCCGCUGCCAAGGCUGCCCCGGCCGCUAAGCCCGCGGCCGCCAAGGCUGCUCCGGCCGCGGCCAAGCCCGCAGAGAAGAAGCCAGCUUCAGCCCCCACCGCCAAGGCUGGCUCUGCUAAGGCUGCUGCACUUAAGACCAAGUCCAGUGCCAAGCCUUCAGUCAAGAAAGCUGCUGCAGCUGCUAAGCCUAAGGCCAAGCCUGCUGCUGCCAAGCUGAAGAUUGCGCCCAAGCCCAAGAAGACCGGCAUCAAGGGACAAAAGAAACAGGCAUCCAAGCCUGUUACUAAGGCACUCAAGGCACAGAAGAAAGUUGUGAAAGGUGAACAUGGCAAGCGCGUGCGACAGAUCCGCAACUCGGUUCACUUCCGCAGGCCCAAGACCUUUGAGCCACCGAGGCAACCUAAGUACCCGAGGAAAUCCCUGCCCAGCAGGAAUCGUAUGGAUGCGUACAACAUCAUCAAGUUCCCGCUGACGUCUGAAGCCGCGAUGAAGAAGAUUGAGGACAACAACACGCUGGUGUUCAUUGUGCACACGAGUUCCAACAAGCACCACAUCAAGGCCGCCGUCAAGAAGCUGUACGACAUCAACGUUGCUAAAGUCAACACACUCAUCAGGCCCGACGGCAAGAAGAAGGCGUACGUCCGUCUGGCGCGCGACUACGACGCGUUAGACGUUGCCAACAAGAUCGGCAUCAUAUAAACUGACGGUUUAGCAUAUUUUAUAAGAAUAAAAAAAAACGUACAAA